AAUGCUCAGACCAUUAAGGAACCACAUGAAACUGUCUCUAACGACGUUCCACAUUAUCCUACAUGUUUAUCAACAUGGUAAACUCCACCCACGAAACAAGUUAGUUGCUUCUUGGCCUUGCGUGUCCCAGCCGAGUUCCCAAAUUGAACAAACCAGCAAAUCAACUUUUUUUCCUACGAAUAAUAAAUAACUCAUAAUGGAGCACAAGGCACAGUGGGUGGAAGGGCGGGAAAGGAAUUCCAAAUUGAGCUACUUGUUGCCAUGAAGGAGGGAAAGUUGUUUUCCGAUUAGUCGAAAUCAGUACCACUAACCUAGUGCAACUCGGGACAUCGUGUCCUUUGCUGGGAAAAAUAUAUCUAGGCAUUACACCAAAAGACUUCAAAAUCUACAAUCAAUUCCCAAUGAAUUCAAGACUUAGUCCCAACGAGUGGGAAAUGGAAGGUAAUGGAUUGAACAAGCUACUGGCCAGAUCCCUAAAGGAGCCGAUUCUGGGCAAGCAUUUCGCUCUGCCCGGCCGGACAGGCCAGAGUCAACCCAUCGAACUGGACACCAGCCAGAGCUACAUUGCCGUGUACACCCAUCUCAAGGUGUACGACACCGGAAUGCCGGAGAGAUUGCCCACGCCGGAGGCGAUUGGAAGAGUGCAGGCAGAGCUCCAAUCGAACUUGGAGGGAAAGCCAAAGACUAGAAUUGCCAAGGCACGCGGAGAUCCGGCUUAACAAUAGAUCGUCGAUUCUUUUCAUUAAAUUCUUUGUUUCCUAUUAUGCUUCCAAAAAACAAAUAGUUUAAAAAAGCUGCUGAAUCAUUUUAAAAAAUAUAAUAUUCAAUCAAACAUAAGAGGACAGCUCCAGUCGUUAUUAAGCUCAUUAACAAUCAAUUAAUGUGCUUCAGAUCAAUGUAUAUUAUCUUGUUUCCCAAGUUCCUGCUAAUGGGUAUCAUCAUUUCGUGCUCUAAGUUCUUGCUAAUGGGUAUCAUCAUUUCGUUUCCUAAGUUCUUGCUAAUUAACGAUCAAUCAAAUGUGUUUGGUUCUUGCUAAAAUAAUAAAUCGAUCAACUCUG